AUGAAGAUCAAACUUGCAGAUACCUUCCGCGACUUUAUGCGGCGACACUUCCUCCGGUCGGUGGCUGUUCCCCUGGCGGCUUUGGCCGUCGCGGCUACACCACUGGCCGCUGAGGAGUUGAUCCCUGAAAAAGACGAACUGAAAUUUGGCUUCAUUAAGCUGACAGACAUGGCGCCGCUGGCGAUCGCCUAUGAAAAAGGUUUCUUCGAAGAGGAAGGCCUGUUUGUCACACUGGAGCCUCAGGCGAACUGGAAGGUGUUGCUCGACCGUGUCAUCACCGGUGAGCUAGAUGGUGCACACAUGUUGGCUGGCCAACCCCUGGCUGCGACCAUCGGCUACGGCACCGAAGCGCACAUCAUCACACCCUUUUCGAUGGACCUGAACGGAAACGGAAUCACCGUAUCAAACGAGGUCUGGGAAAUGAUGAAACCGCUCAUCCCCAAGAUGGAUGACGGGCGACCGCAACAUCCGAUUAAAGCGGACUAUCUGAAACCGGUGAUCGAGCAGUUCCAGGACGAAGGGCGCCCGUUCAACAUGGGCAUGGUGUUCCCGGUCUCGACUCACAACUAUGAGCUGCGCUACUGGCUCGCAGCCGGCGGCAUUCAUCCCGGAUAUUAUUCCCCAGCGGAUAUUUCCGGGCAGAUCGCCGCAGAGGCGCUGCUCUCCGUGACACCCCCACCACAGAUGCCUGCCACGCUUGAGGCCGGCACCAUUAGCGGCUAUUGCGUUGGCGAACCAUGGAACCAACAGGCUGUGUUUAAAGGCAUCGGUGUGCCGGUGAUCACGGAUUAUGAAAUCUGGAAAGACAAUCCGGAAAAGGUCUUCGGGAUUACGGCAGAGUUCGCGGAGCAAUAUCCCAACACCACGAUCGCGCUGACCAAGGCCCUGAUCCGCGCCGGCCAAUGGCUCGACGAAAAUGACAAUGCCAACCGUGGAGAAGCCGUGGAGAUCCUUUCUCGCUCAGAAUAUGUGGGCGCGGAUGAGGAGGUCAUCGCAAACUCCAUGACCGGCACGUUUGAGUACGAGCGUGGCGACAAGCGGGAGAUCCCCGACUUCAAUGUGUUCUUCCGGUACAACGCGACCUAUCCCUAUUACUCUGACGCUGUGUGGUAUCUGACGCAGAUGCGGCGCUGGGGCCAGAUUGCGGAACCGAAGUCCGACGAUUGGUACGCAGAAGUUGCUGCCAAGGUUUACCGGCCUGAUCUCUACCUCACGGCUGCGAAAAUUCUCGUGGACGAAGGUCAUGUGAGUGAGGCCGACUUCCCCUGGGGGACAGACGGCUACCGCGAACCCGUGUCUGAGUUCAUUGACGGCGUCACCUAUGACGGCCGGACACCCAACGACUACCUCAAGCAGUUCCCCAUCGGUUUGAAGGGCGACGAUCUAGUCGCUCAGCUCUCCGAGCUUGAGUAA